AUGCGCGCAUCGCUUCCAACCAGCUCCUCUUCACGCACAGUCACACGCCCAUCUCGAAAAUUCACCGUCCAUGCUCAGCAGAAGCGGUCUCUACCCGCAGAACCACAAACGCAGGCCUGCGAUGACCGCGUAUAUUCUAGCCCCCUCCCGCCAAAACCACCAGCGCGCCCCGACCCGUAUACCAUGCUCUCCUCACAGUUGGAGCACCUGCGCGGAACCCUCCUCAACCUCCUGGGUUCAUCUCACCCAUCGCUCACAGAAAUUGCAAAGUACUACUUCCUCCACCCCUCAAAACAGCUGAGGCCGUUGCUCGUCCUCCUCUUCUCGCAGGCUACGAACGGCCUUGGCGGCAACUGGCAUGCCAAGCAGUGGGCAGCAGAGUGCGAGGGCGCCGGUGGGCGCACCGAGGAGCUCGACCGGCCCCUCAACCGCCCGGAUGUGCUCAACGACUGGAACCCGAGCAUGCCAGACUACACCGCGUCCUUUCAAAACUCUUUCUCGCUGCGCCCACCGCGCCCGCCAUCGCAGCCGCCGCUGCCCCCGCCUCCCCCGCGACGCGACGCUUCCCCACUCGCACCCACGCCGUGCCUCCUCCCGACGCAGAUGCGCCUCGCGCAGAUCGUGGAGAUGAUACACGUCGCGUCGCUUCUCCACGACGACGUCAUCGACCGCUCGCCCCUCCGCCGCGGCGUGCCCUCUGCGCCCGCCGCGUUCGGGAACAAGCUCUCCAUCCUCGCGGGCGACUUCCUCCUCGGGCGCACCAGCGCCGCGCUCUCACGUCUCGGGGACAGCGAGGUCGUCGAGCUCAUUGCGAGCAUCAUCGCGAAUCUCGUCGAGGGCGAGAUCCUGCAGCUCAAGUCCGUGCACGGAGACGAGCUGGGCGUCGCGGAGGCGCCGAGUCUCGGGCGCGAUUACCUCAACGUGUACUUGCAGAAAACGUAUUUGAAGACGGCGAGUCUGAUGGCGAAGGGUGCGCGCGCUGCGGUUGUGCUCGGCGGGUGCGCGGAGGGCGAGGUGUGGAAAGAGGUGGCUUAUGCGUAUGGCCGCAAUCUUGGUAUCGCGUUCCAGCUUGUGGAUGACAUUUUGGACUAUGAGGCUGGCGAAGCUACGCUGGGCAAACCGGGCGGGGCAGACUUGCAGCUCGGGCUCGCAACGGGACCGGCUCUGUUCGCGUGGGAGGAGCAUCCAGAGAUGGGUCCCUUGAUCAAGCGCAAGUUCGAGCAAGAGGGGGACGUCGAGCUCGCAAGAGACCUUGUACGGCGGUCAUCCGGGCUGGAGCGGACACGCGACUUGGCACGGAAACACGCUGAGAAGGCGCGAGAGGUGCUGGCGUUGCUGCCGGAUAGCGACGCGAAGAGUGCGCUGGAGGAGCUGACGGAGCGGGUGGUGAAACGGACGUGGUGA